CUGUCCUCAAACGCAGCAGUUUACUUCACGGGUCCUCUGGCUCGUGUGCUGCAAGCUGCUUCAUUUACAGUGGGAACCAUGGCUGCUCUUUUUACAGCAAGAAAAGUUUUUUCUUCAUGUGUGAAUGGUUGUCGAAGAUUGUCUCAGUUAGCAGAGUUACCAGAGACGCAUCAAAUCCUUAAACAAACCUGCAGAGACUACGCUGACCGAGAACUGUCACCCAUUGCUUCAAGACUAGACAAAGAGCAUUUAUAUCCUGUCAAACAGAUCCAUGAGCUGGGUGCAAUGGGUGUAAUGGCUAUUGAAGUACCAGAGGAGCUGGGUGGAGCUGGAAUGGACUAUCUUGCAUACAGUGUGGCCUUGGAAGAAAUCAGCAGAGGAUGUGCCAGCACUGGGGUCAUUGUCUCUGUCAAUAAUUCACUUUAUAUAGGCCCAAUUUUGAAAUUUGGGACUGAGGAACAGAAAAAGGAGUGGAUAACACCUUUUACAACAGGAGAGAAAGUAGGCUGUUUUGCACUCAGUGAACCAGGUAAUGGCAGUGAUGCAGGUGCUGCUUCCACAGUGGCACACCAAGAGGGAGAAGAGUGGGUGCUUAAUGGUACAAAAGCUUGGAUUACCAACAGCUGGGAUGCGUCAGCUACUGUAGUAUUUGCCACAACGGAUAAGAAACUAAAACAUAAGGGUAUCAGUGCGUUCCUCAUCCCGAUGCCUCACCCAGGACUGUCUCUUGGGAAGAAGGAAGAUAAGCUGGGAAUUAAGGCUUCAUCAACUGCCAACAUUAUCCUUGAGGACUGCAGGAUACCACUGUCAAACAUGCUGGGUCCUCGUGGCGCUGGGUUUAAAAUUGCCAUGCAAACUCUUGACAGUGGCCGGAUAGGAAUAGCAUCCCAGGCUCUCGGUAUUGCUCAGGCAUCACUAGAUUGUGCUGCAGACUAUGCACAUAAACGCAAUGCAUUUGGAGCACCCAUUGGUCGGCUGCAGGCAAUACAGUUCAAGCUUGCUGACAUGGCCCUAGCCAUAGAAAGUGCACGUCUGCUCGCAUGGAAAGCGUCACUCCUCAGAGAUGCCAAAAAACCUUUUACAAAGGAAGCUGCUAUGGCAAAGCUGGCCGCAUCGGAAGCUGCCACUUUCUGCUCUCAUCAGGCAAUCCAGAUUUUGGGUGGAAUGGGUUAUGUGACCGACAUGCCUGCAGAAAGACAUUAUCGAGAUGCUCGUAUCACAGAAAUCUAUGAAGGCACCAGUGAGAUCCAAAGACUGGUAAUUGCAGGACAGAUACUGAAAGAAUACAAACAAUGACAUUGGUAACUGGAUGUGAUUUAUAAUUAGAAAGCCUAUUAACACAUUGUAAUAAUUUGAUCUGAUAGCCCCUUUAUGCCUGAAUGUAUAUAAAAAAUGUUUUGUGUGUGAUUUUGCCUUUAAGUAGAUGGUAAAUUAAGUUGAGAUUAUUAAUUUGACUACAGCAAAAAUAUAUAUUUUUUAAAUUUGGGUAUGUUGCAAGUUUACAACAACUAGAAACAAGUGCUUGUCAAAUGUUCCUAAGAAGCUACUGCAUAUGCACUAACAGGCAUUGGGGGAAUACAGCUGCUGUCACUGCUUAUAGCUUGAUCCAAACGGUUUGUUGCAUAUUUGUGACGGUCGACGUUAAGGGGUUAAAAGCUUGUGUGAAACCAAAGCUUUUUAAAGGACAUUGUAAAUAAAUAGAUUAUUAUGAUAAUGGUCCUGGACGCCUCCCUCGGGAGGUGUUCCGGGCAUGUCCCACUGGGAGGGGGCCCCGGGGAAGACCCAGGACACGCUGGAGGGACUUUGUCUCUCGACUGGCAUGGGAACGUCUCGGGAUCCCCCUGGAAGAGCUGGAGGACGUGUGUGUGGAGAGGGAAGUCUGGGAGGCCCUCCUCAGACUGUUGCCAUCGCGACCCGACCUUGGAUAAGCAGAAGAAAAUGCAUGGAUGGAUUAUGAUAAUGGGCCACAUGGCCAUAUUUGUUACCUCAAGUCAACAGCUGUCAUGGAUUAAUAUUUAAAAAGGACAUUCUUGCCUCAAAUAUAAGAUACAAGUUUGCUUAAAUGAUACUUUGGUUGACAUACCCACAUCUCACCACUAGAGUGCAAGGUUGAGCCUUUUUCCGCUAGUUUGAAGAUUUACACUUACGAAUUUUAUAAUUAUGUUAAUAUUGUUAAUAUUUUACUCUGUAAUAAAAUGCAGUCUAAACUUA